UUCAGCCAGCCAGCAGCCUGCUGAUGCCCCAUGCAUCCUGAGCGCCCGGGAGGGGAGGAGGAGGAGGAGGCGCCUGCUUCGCCAAGGGGACUGGCCGGGCAUGGUGAAGCCCCCUUCCCCCAGGCGGUCCCACCCUCCGACCCUUUGAGGCGCUCCCACCCACCCCCACCGCCAAACCAGCCCCUCCAUCUGGGCAGGCUCCAGUGGGGACGUGGCCGCGGAUCCACGGUAGAGCACCUGCUUGGCAUGUGGAAGGUUUCAGGUCCAAACCCCGGCGUCUGCAGCGAAAAGGAUCAGGGGAAGCAUGACUGAGGUGGAGCCCGUCCUGGACUUUGCAUCAUCCAGCCGCACCGGCCGAAGGAACGCCUUGCCCGACAUCCUGGGCUCACCCGCUGGGGUCACCCCUACUGACUUGCCACUGAAGCUGGCUGAAAUGUCUCUGGAUGCAGACAGGACUCAAGAAAUGCAGUCGCCAGCCAUCGAGGUGCCUCCGCAGGCAUCUCAGAGUCCAGAACUGAAAGACACCUCCUAACCCUCUCCCCGUGGAGGCUGAUGAAGCCAAAAAGGGUGUGUGGGGGGGAAACUUCUUCAAUGUCAGCCAAAGUUUGCCUGGGGAUUUCUGGGACUUCCUAGUCAAGACCUGGCAAGAAGACUGUCUUACAUCCUUCGAUGCGAUGGAGCAGUGGAAGGAAAAGGAGAGAGCAAGCAGCCGUGUUCCUUUUGAUACCAAACCUUGAGGGUCUCUUUCUUCUGUGGAGAUUUGAAAGAAGGAACACAGGGACUGGGCGGAGGGUUUUCUUGUUUCCGCACGGACGCUGUUGAGGAGCCCCAAGUUAUUGCUUCACAGAAUCACAAAAAACAGUUAUUAAAGGGAUUCACUUCUUUUUCUUAACGGAGCGCAUUGUUCACUGUGAUGUUGGGGGGUUCUUUGUGUGUUUUGUUAACAGAUCGGGUGUUCUUUGCUACAAAGGGCAAAACUGCGAAGUAUCGAGGUAAGAGUUCAGGCCAGCCUCUGCGCUGCAUCCCAAAGACGGCUAAUAAGGAAAUGUCUUUCUGAAAGUAUUUCUGGCAAAUCGGGGGGCCUGCUGCGGCCCACGUGGGGGAAAAAUACGAGAGUUUACACUGUUCUCCUGAAAGGGAAAUAAAAGGUGGGAAGAAUUGUCAAAGAUUUCUUGUCCACUGGAGAGUCAAAGGACAAAAUCAGAAGCGAAAAUAAAAAAAUCCUGUCGCUUCUUAGAAACUUUUCCGUUCGUUGCGGAGCCCAGUUAUGGAGGAUGCUGC